UACUUUGAGAAAGAAGAUGAUAAUGAUGGGAAACACAUUUGGUUCAGGCAUGGCGAGUGUGUUUUUCUUAUGGGCAACCGUUCAACAGUUCUUCCCUAAUCACCUCAAGAUCGCCAUUAAGGAGUGUUUAAUCUCUUCAAUCCAACAAUUCACCUUUGUCCAGAGACUUUCAGACAGAUUCAUCACUUUCUUCUCUCCUUACGUCGAAAUUAAAAUCUCUCAGUACGAUGGUUAUCAAUACAAUCACGCCUUCGCAUCCAUCGAGACCUACCUUGGUGAAAAAGCUACCGACAAAGCCAAGCAUCUCAGAGCAAGCCAGGUCAAAGAGAGCAAAGACUUGGUCUUGAAACGAGACGACACUAGAACCCGAGAUGAGUACAAAGGAGUUAACGUCUGGUGGGAGAUUGAAACUGAUUCCGAAGGGUUUAGAACAUACAAACUCACUUUCCAUCGACGGUCACGUGACAUUGUAACGAAUUCUUACAUGAAACACAUUUUUGAAGAAGGGAAACUGAUAGACGCCAAGAACAAGAAGAUGAAGCUGUAUACAAACAACCCUAGCUCUAGCUGGGGUCCUAACAAGACUGCUUUAUGGAGAUGCAUUGAUUUUGAGCAUCCCGCGAGUUUUGAUACAUUAGCUAUGGAUUCAAAGAAGAAGGAAGAGAUCUUGAAUGAUCUUGCUGCGUUUAGUAAUGGGAAAGAGUACUACAAGAAGAUUGGGAAAGCUUGGAAGAGGGGUUACUUGCUGUAUGGGCCACCGGGGACCGGUAAAUCCACAAUGAUAGCUGCAAUGGCGAAUUUAUUAAACUAUAGUAUCUAUGAUGUUGAGCUCACAGCUAUAAAGGACAACUCGGAGUUGAGGAAGCUACUCAUUGGUACAGCUACUAAGUCUAUAAUUGUAAUUGAAGACAUUGAUUGUUCUUUGGAUCUAACGGGUCAAAGAAGUUUCAAGAAGAAGAAGAAGAAGAAGAAGAAGAAGGAGAGGUUCUUGAUGAGUUGGAAAAAAGAAAAAGAUAAAGACCAAGAAGAAGGCAAAGAAGAGAACAAGAGUUUUGUAACGCUUUCUGGUCUUUUAAACUUCAUAGAUGGGAUCUGGUCUGCUUGUGGACAAGAGAGGAUCAUUGUCUUCACGACGAAUCACUUGGCUAAACUUGACCCGGCUUUAAUCAGGAGAGGGAGAAUGGAUAUGCACAUUGAGCUGUCUUACUGUACUUUCGAGGCGUUCAAGAUUCUUGCCAAGAACUACUUGGAUCUUGAUACUCAUCCUCUGUACACUAAAAUAGAGUCUUUGUUGAAGGAAACGAAGAUUGCACCAGCUGAUGUCGCCGAGAACUUGAUGAAGAAGAAGAGUGAAAUAGAUGCUGAUGGAUCACUGAAUGAUCUGAUUGAUGCUCUGGAGGGGAAGAAUGCUCAGAAAGCCACAGUAGAUGAAAGCAGUGAGAAACAUGGUAUCAAAAGAUUUAAUCCAUUCCGCAAUUUAUUUUAA